AUGGCUAUUCCUUCAAAACGUGCUCGUUUCUUGAAACCUGGCGAAGAGGAUCUAAUCGUUUCAGAAGAAAUUGAUGAAAACGCAGAAGGGUUAGUUGUCGCAAAUAUAACGGGAAUCCGUCAGAUUGAUCAACAGCGUCAAAGUUUACCCACAUUUAAAUGGCGCAGUCAUUUUCUUUACCUUUUGGAGACAUCUAGAGUUGUUGUUGUAACAGGAGAAACUGGGAGUGGAAAAUCCACGCAACUGCCGCAAUACAUAUACGAGGCUGGUUGGGUUAAAGGGACUUCGAAAUACAUUGCCGUAACGCAGCCGCGUCGUGUUGCAGCCAUCACCUUAGCAACACGAGUAGCUGAAGAGAAAGAUUGUAGACUUGGCAACGAAGUGGGUUAUCUGAUUCGAUUUGAGGAUUGCUUCAAGUCAGGCCGAACAUCUAUUCUCUACAUGACAGAUGGAAUGCUGAUUCAGGAAAUGACUCGGGAUCCUCUUCUUCAAAAUUAUCGUGUCAUCAUACUGGAUGAAGUCCACGAGCGUUCACUCCAGGUAGACCUUCUUUUAGGUCUUGUGAAAAAGAUUUUAAGAAAAAGAUUAAAUGAUCUUCGCGUGGUUAUUUCUUCCGCCACUCUAGAAGCCCAAAAUUUUAUUGAUUACUUCAAAGAUCUGAAUCUUCGUGAUUCUUCGGUUCUUGAUGAAACAAUCGGGAAGAGUUUAACUCCAGUUUCACAUCUUCAUGUCGAGGGAAGACAACAUCCAGUGAAUGUGUUCUAUUUGCAGGAUCCGACACCUUGUUAUGUCACAGAGGCGCGUAAAACUGUCUUUAAAUUGCACGAGAAUAGACCCCUUGGUGCUGAUAUACUCACCGACUGCCUUCAAGUCAUUCUUUGA